CCCCCACCCCGCCCCCCUCCUGACUCCAUCCUCUUCCCCCACCACUGGAAGUCCUCCCGAAUCUAAAUGGAAUUAGUGGAGAUCGGAGUCCCUGGCGUAAGGAACAGACAUGAUCUAUGGACGCAGUUUGUUUCACAUUGUAGCAAGUUUAAUCAUCCUACAUGCCUCUGGGGCUACCAAAAAGGGAAUAGAAAAGCAAACCACUUCAGAAGCACAGAAAUCAGUGCAGUGUGGAAACUGGACAAAGCAUGCCAAUGGAGGUAUCUUCACUUCUCCCAAUUACCCCAGCAAGUAUCCUCCAGACAGAGAGUGCAUCUACAUCAUAGAAGCUGCCCCCAGACAAUGUAUUGAACUUUACUUUGAUGAAAAGUACUCUAUUGAACCCUCUUGGGAGUGUAAAUUUGAUCAUAUUGAAGUACGAGAUGGACCUUUUGGCUUUUCUCCAAUCAUUGGACGUUUCUGUGGACAGCAAAAUCCACCUGUAAUAAAAUCCAGUGGCAGGUUUUUGUGGAUUAAAUUUUUUGCUGAUGGAGAGCUGGAAUCUAUGGGAUUUUCAGCUAGAUAUAAUUUCACAACUGAUCCUGACUUUAAGGACCUUGGAGUUUUGAAACCAUUACCAGUGUGUGAGUUUGAAAUGGGCGGACCUGAAGGAAUUGUGGAAUCUGUACAAAUUAUGAAGGAAGGAAAAGCUUCUGCCACUGAGGCAGUUGACUGUAAAUGGUACAUCCGAGCCCCACCACGAUCCAAGAUUUAUUUACGAUUCUUGGACUAUGAGAUGCAAAAUUCAAACGAAUGUAAAAGGAAUUUUGUGGCUGUCUAUGAUGGGAGCAGCUCCGUAGAGGAUUUGAAAGCUAAGUUUUGUAGUACCGUGGCUAAUGAUGUGAUGCUGCGCACAGGUCUUGGGGUAAUUCGCAUGUGGGCAGAUGAGGGCAGUCGAAACAGCCGAUUCCAGAUGCUCUUCACAUCUUUUCAAGAACCUCCAUGUGAAGGCAAUACAUUUUUCUGCCAUAGUAAUAUGUGUAUUAAUAACACAUUAGUCUGCAAUGGACUCCAGAACUGUGUGUAUCCUUGGGAUGAAAAUCAUUGUAAAGAAAAAAGAAAGACUAACCUACUGGAUCAGCUUACCAAUACCAGUGGGACUGUCAUUGGGGUGACGUCCUGUAUUGUGAUCAUCCUCAUUAUUAUUUCUGUCAUCGUACAGAUCAAACAGCCUCGUAAAAAAUUUGUCCAAAGGAAGGCCGAAUUUGAUCAGACAGUAUUCCAGGAGGUAUUUGAGCCUCCUCAUUAUGAGUUAUGCACUCUUAGAGGGACAGGGGCUACAGCUGACUUUGCAGAUGUGGCUGAUGACUUUGAAAAUUACCAUAAACUGAGGAGGUCAUCUUCCAAAUGCAUUCAUGACCAUCACUGUGGAUCACAACUGUCUAGCACUAAAGGCAGCCGUAGUAACCUCAGCACAAGAGAUGCUCCUCUCUUGGCAGAAAUGCCACCCCAACCUGUCAAACCCCUCAUCCCACCCAUGAACAGAAGAAAUAUUCUUGUCAUGAAGCAUAACUACUCACAAGAUGCUGCAGAAGCGUGUGACAUAGAUGAAAUUGAAGAGGUGCCCACUACAAGUCACAGGCUGUCCAGACAUGAUAAAUCUGUCCAGCGGUUCUGCCUCAUUGGGUCUCUAAGCAAACAUGAAUCUGAAUACAACACAACUAGGGUCUAAAAAGAGAACUCAAGAGAAGAACUAUUUAUACAAACAUGGGGACUGUGAAAAGAAAAUUCUAUAGUGAAUUGUGAAAAGUGGACAUGUUUCUAAAUUCAUUCCACUGCCUUUAUCCAAACCUAAGAAUUACAGACAUUUGUUAUUCCUUCGGCAAGACAUCCCGCCUGCACAAUGAUAUGUUUAUUUUGUAAUUUGGUUGCUGGACACCAAGUGCUCCUUAGUUUUUAAAUACAUUUUGAGAUUUACUGGAAACUUGAAGAAGAAGUUAGUUCCUGAUUAAGACUUUCCCUGCUUUAUUUUUCUUGUCAGCUAUAUUUCUGUUUCUAUGUUGUUUUCUGUCUUUGUUAUAUACUUGUAUAUGGUGUGAUAUGUGGAAAACAAAAUGAUUUAAAUGAAUCUUGUGUUGUAUGUACAUUGUUUUCAUUAUAUAGACUGCUUGAAAAUAGUACGUCCCUGGGUGAUUUUGAACAUGCUACAGUGAAAUAUGAAAAUAUCGACCAUGGAAACACCAGCUAGAGGUUUUAUGGACUUUAACCAGCUAUUCUUAUAUCAUGAUCAAAUGCAGCAAAAAAAGUAUUGAGUAAAAUUAUUAGAUUGCAAUAAGAAAAAAACAACAACAACAACAAAACUCUGGUUUGUUUUGUCAUUCCCUACCUCGACUUCCCACUCCUUCAAUUUCUUUUUUUUUUUUAAUACAAAAGUAGAUUCUCAUUUUCAGGAACAGUUUGUUGAAAUCAGGUAUUUAGCCAUUUGUAAACAAGUUAAUAAUAAUGUUUGUUGGAUUAGCAUCUAGCAAAAUGGCUGACUUGACAGUUUGAGAAAAUACUCUGCAUGUCUGUACUGGAUAUUUGAUUUGGUAAAUAAUCCUUUUUAUCUGAUACAUUGUAAAAAGCAUGCAUUCAUACUUACUGCUCUUACUGUUCCAUUUCUUUGUGUCAUCUGCUUGCCACUUGUAUUUUUUUUAUAUAAAGAUACAUAAAAAUGUAUAAUAAUUUCCUAUCUUGAGUUUAGAAAAAUGUUUUCUUUUACUGAAGUAAUGCACUCUUACACAUAUUAAUACACAAUUUUCAUGAAAUCUUUCUACUUUUAUAAUAUAUAAAGCUUUCUUAUUUGAGGCUUAAUAAAUGUCCCAAGUAAUUUGGUUUCUUAAGUUUUCAUGGACAUUUAUGUGCUUUGAUGGCCCACCCACCACCAAAACCUCAUUUUAAAUUGGAAAUUCUUUUUAAAAAUCUCUUUAUGAUAAUAGAAUGUCAUGAUACUAGAUACACAUCAGCCUAUAUAGACAAUCUUAUAGGUCAUUCAACCCAGCCCCUAACUGAGGCAUAAGUCAUGUCUCAUGUGCUAGAAAAGUGGUCAUUCACUCUCCUCCAAAAUCUCCAAGCUGUUUACCCUUUUAUUCACCACAGUAAAAUUUCCUGAGAAAUAAUUCCUUCGCAUUACUAUGAAAUUCCUCCCCCUACACUUUCCAUACCUUAAUCCUAACUCCCUGAAAAAAAAUAUCUUUAUAGUGGAUAUUUAUGUACUUCAGGUCAAAAUGAAACCCUAUUAGGCUCUUAUCAAAUAGUUGUUUAACUACAAACAAACCAUAUUAUAUUAUGUAAUUGUGUGAUGGGUCCCUGAGAAAUAUUAUAAAUUACCUUUUCUUUGGAGUAAGAGGGAGGAAAUGAAGUAACUAUUUUCGCCCAAAUGUUCAGAGCUACAGAAUCCUACAUGCAGGGGUAGUCUUUUCCUUUUUUUUUUUCCAAACCAUACAAUUUGAAGAAAGACACUACAAAGGAAACUGAUAUAUUAUGGGUAUUUCUCUAAGUUUGUGCUUUAAUUUCAUGCACAUUACCAAACAACUAAAUAAAAUCUUGAGGAGAGUAAAAUAAGACUUAUUAGGAUAGCUGGGAUAUAAAAAUUUUGAAUAAAACUCUUUGGGAAAAGAUGUCAUUUCUCAGAAAUUUUUAAAAAAUAAGAAUUUGAUGUAAAAAAGAUAUACAAGAAGAAAGACUGUUAAUGCAUUUGGCAUACAAAAAUGACCCCAAAAUUACAUGUAAUGCCACAUGUUUAUAAAUGGUACUUGUGGUAAAAAAUUAUUUUUCUUAUUUGACUUGAGUGGGUUUUUUUUUUUAAUUGCUGGCCUUAGCUUGAUACUCUUCAUUUUUAAAUGAACAUAGCUUGUAACUACUUUACAGGAUUGUUAACCUUCCUUUUACUUUUACUUUCUUCACCAAAAAAAUUAUAGUGUAUCUUUCCUUAAAUUAAUUUGUUAUUCUAAUGCAAAGUGAACACUUUGGAUUAUGUGUGAGAAAAUUCAGGAAGACUAUAAAACCCAAAUUUAUACUUCUGAUAUUGAAGAGGAAAAGAGAAUUCUCAGGUUGAUUUGAUUCAAUUUUUAAAGUUAAUUUAAAAAUACUUUUUGAGUUGAAAAACAGUGAAUUUUCAUAUUCAGUGAAUUGAGUAAAACUUUCAGUUUAACUCAAUGAAAAGUUUUAAAAU